UUGUGAAUAAAUGAAUACGGUACAUUUCAAACMGGAUCUGAACACGGCGAAUUGGAUUUUGGGUGAGACGAGCCAACAACGCAGGAGGAAGACACAAGUUGGUGUGUAAGAMAGGAUAACUUUCAGCAGCUUGUACAACCAAUCUGUAGUAUCUUAUUGUUGCAUUUCUUUAGUGGCCGAGUGUGAACGAAUCGAUCAAUCGAUCACGCCAUCAAUGAUCCAACGAAAAAAACUGACAAAAACGAUGUUAGACGCAACCCGUACCGAGAAAGGCAAAAAGAUCGACACAACGCCACUCAACACCAGAGAAAUACUGAAACAGCUCGUCGCCCAUUUUCGCCAAAAUAUUCACGUCAAAAUUUUUGCAGAGUCGUAUUACUCUAGUUCCGAUGAACGUUCACAAACAGACAUACAAGUGUUGUCCGAAGAUGCAGACGACGUGGAACAACAACAGCUAGAUGAUUCUGCAGCCUCACCGAUAGUCCAAUUCUGGUUAGAUCGAUUGCUAACACUGGAUAAAGCUCCUUGCAACGAUGAAGGAAUUGCAGGUGUGAUUUUAGAAUGGAUUCGUGGGUACGAAGAAUCCGUACGUCCUAUCGUGUUCCAUUCGACAGGUUCCGAUGCAAGYCCUGCGUUCCAUCCCGAUUGCACAUAURUGCUGGAAAACUACGAAUUGAUUUUCUCGAAGAUAUUGUCCAGAUUGGCAACUCUUCCUGAUGAUCCGAAAGGGAUUGGUCUUUCCCUCACCCUCCCGUYGACACCAGUGAUUCCUUCAUUUUCUCUACAACAGCAAACUCUUCAAAGGGCAAUCAAGAUUUUUUCCACCGAUGUGACGCUUCUAACCGUUAGCGCGAGGUAUGAUGUCGAGGGACGCAAURCCAAUGACGACAAAACAAAUGAUCUUCGAAGAAACGUCGCACUACCAACCCUUUUAAAAAUCCUUGCCAACACUCUCGAAACCAUGCGUCUCCUGUUCGCGACCAAAACUGUCGCCAACAAGGCCGUCGGCAACCCAAAAACACGCRACGAAAAAAGCUSUUUGAGCGAUUGCUACGAAUGCCUCCGACGAUGUUCGGUGACGUUGCUUGCAUUCGAAGUUCCAGAAAUAGACGACGAUGAGAGCGUGGUACGAUCGGCUUCGAUCAUGCUAUCGCCGCAUCAGCUGGCGCCAUCUUUAUCGUCMUCGACGUCCUCGGACGAUUGCCAAUCCACAGAYUUAGUGAUUGUGAGACGGAUGUUCCAGCAUGUUGGAUACAAUUGUCCUUGUUCUAUUGAUGUUGACGAUGUUUUUGAUGUAUCGAAAAGCAAAAAUUCAUCGAGCGACUUUACAGACGUACGAAGAUACAUUGACGGUCCACUCGGAAAUGACUCGUCUGCAUACGACGAUGUUGAUGACCAAUAUUGGAAUGAAUUGCAAUCUUCUUUGAAGAAAUCUGUAUCUUUAGCAGGUUGGGUCGAUCCGACUUUGAACAAGAUGACAUUCCCAGUUGUUCGAAGCACUUGGCACACGAUUGCAAACUUACUGAGGGAGGUGUCGAGGGAGGCAAAGAUCCCGUUCCGUGAACAGGACGAAGAGAUUGCUUGUGCAGAUAUUAGCGUUCCAAAAUGCCACCGGCGGCAAGUAGACUUUGUUCUGAGGACGCUAGGUGGUGCUGGUCCGAUGCUUCGGGACACCCGAGCGCAUUUCUUUGGCCGAGAUAUGCACAGCAUGGAAACACUCGUAAAGUUGCGAGCAGACGAAAUUGCCGGAGGCAAUGACUCCUUCGCCCCAUCGGUUUUGGUGCGGAUGGGGCGCAGGGUUACCAAAGCGCCAAAGAAAAGUGGUUUUGAUGAAGCACCUUACGAACAAAUUCCAUCGAGGAUUGCGGCUGCUUUGAAUGCUUUCUAUUUCUUGCUUCUCCCUGGUAUGAGCGGUGGUGUAGACAAACACUGCGAGGAACAGAUACUGAAUGACGUCUUCCCGAUUUGCGCCGCGCUGGUCGAUUCMCAUAGCUCUUUCUGUUGUGUUCUGGGAGCCGCAGGAUUCAUUCGAGUGAUCGAAGUUCUUCAGCCACGAAAGAGGGGCCCGGGUUCGACAUGCACCAAUGAAAAGGCAUGGAUAAACUUUUCAGAKAAUGCGUUGUCWGUUCUCGAUAAGGCUAGUAAGGCAAGUUCUGAUUCCGGGGUCUUGGUUGCAAUUGGUCGAGCGCAGGCAAUAUUACUGGAUGUGAUGGUAUUACAAGAAAACGAGAAAAAAGAGGAAGUUAGAAAGCAAGCAAUAACGGGGGAAACGSGCAACCACUUCCGCCUAAAACGAAGAGCURCAACCAGACAGUGGCUCGCGAAUCUCGAGCGGUCGUUGCACCGUUCCACAGGAACCAAAAGACACUCUUUGGAUUUACUAUUGGGCGGUGUGAUUCCAUCGUUAUCGCAGCAUGCCUUGGAUGAAGAAAAUGGGGCAGAUGGUAUGGAGAUGGGUCGGCUGGGGCUCGCUGCAUUGUUGCCGUUGACCACAAAUAGCAUGGGCUUUACAGAACAACCCGGGGGUGACGUCGUUGGCAGAAAAACGCAAAUGGCUUCGAUGGUGGCCUUGAUCAACCUGAUGUUCGCAGCUCACCCAGUUAUGCCUAGUCACGGAGGAAAGAUCAUGAGUCAUUUGUUGGCAACUGCGGCUGAUUCUGCACCGGGARCCGAUAGAUCUGAUGACGAAAGCCAAAAUUCCACAGGAAAUCUACCGACGAAAGAUUCGAUCAGAAACAUGGCGAUCSUAACAGCCGCCAUUGCCCUUGUUAUUUGUGGACAAAGAUUUGCGGGUGAAGUUUUGGAGUCUAUCGAAAAUCAUCGAGAACAAUACCAACAUGAGUUAGUUGCGGCUGUAUCCGAAGUCCGCAAGCUAGCCCAYYGCUUGACGGCUAGCUCUUAGCUGGUCAGUCGAUAAUCGCAACGAUGCAUUAAGCAAAAGAACAUUUUGACAUUUUUCCAAUAGACUGAACAUCAAUCC